AUGGGUCGCCCCCGCCGCAACCCCCACCACUCACCCCUCAUCCUCCCCCGCCGCCUGCGCCCCCGCCCCCCGGCGCCUUCCUCCCGCUUCCGCGAGCGCCCCUCACCCCCACCUAACCGCCCCCGUCAGCGCCCCCCGCGCGCCGCCACCGUCUUACCGCCCCGCGCCCCCACUUCUCCCCCGCCCCCGCCGCCCCCUCCCGCGGCCGUCCCCCAGUACGAGGUGGAGCGCAUCAUCAACGACCGGCGCCUGACGGGCGGGGAUCCCUUCGCCGGGGAGUUCAAGGUGCACUGGAAGGGCUACCCGCCCUCCGAGGACUCGUGGGAGCCCCUGGCGUCCCUGCUGCAGGGCGAGUACCACUGCAAGGACGCCGUCAUGGAGUACCUGGCACAGCGCUACAAGGGCCGCAAAGUGUUGAUGCUGGAGAAGGAGGACGAUGGGCGGGUGCGCUACUUCAUCCUGCGCAAGGAACAGCAGCUGCGCUUGGUGGGGAAGAACGGGGAGAAGGAGCCGGUGACGGUGCCUACAGCAUCCGGAUCGAAGAAGACGGUUAAAACAGCGAGCAAGAAGCGCAGCAGCCGUGUGUCACCAGUGACGACCCCAGCAGUGUCAGGCUCAAAGAAGACAGCGCGGAGCCCGAGGAAGAAGAGCCGCAGCGCCAGCCGGGUGUCGUCAGCGACAACGCCAGCCUCCGGCGCGAAGAAGACCGCUGGGACGCCGCGGAAGACCGGCGGCAGCGCCGGCCGGGUGGCGACGCUGCGCUCGUCGGAGCGGCUGCGUGAACAGCGCUGCCAGCGCCGCGGACUGCGCAGUAAUCGUCCGGCACCGGCGGCGCGGCUUCGCAGUGCAACGCGCAAACAGCCCCCGCGCAGCCCCACGAAACAGCCGACCGGCUCGCGCCCACACCCAGCCAAGCAGCCCAGUCCCGUUAGCUCCGGCAGCAGCUCCGUGCAGAUUAUCGACGAAGUGUUUGCCGGGCCUUCCCAGCCCGCUGCGUCGCAGCCCGUUAUCCGGCCGGCGGUGUCCGCUCCCGUCCGCCGUUUCUCGCCGGAAAUUCGCUGUACGGUGUCCGUGGCGCGCAGUGAAGCGUCGGGCGGCAGCGCCGACGACGAAGCGUCUUCGCACAGUGAUCUGGCCUACUCGGAAUCAGGAGACGAGGCCGACGGCGCCGGCAAGUCGCCCUUCGCCAUCACGGACCACGUGGAGCCGCGGCUGGGCGCCGACGCGCACUCGCCGUCGCGCUGGCUCUUCACCGUGGUGGCGCGGCCGCCCGCCCCCCGCCAGGCGGCCCUCCGCCGCAAGUACAGCUGGUGCGAGGCGCACCUCCCGGACGUCCUGGCCAGCUAUCUGCGCUUCGUCCUGCACGGCGAGAAGCAGCGCCGUCGCCAGAUGCUGCGCCAGGAGGAGGAGGAGCGAGCCAAGCGCGCCCGCCUGCACAACGAUAUCCAGCUGCUGGCCGAGUUCGCCUCGGUGCCGGCCGGCCACCGGAUGCUCCGCGAGCUGGAUGCGAAGGAGAAGCGCGAGGGCGUAAUGACAGCGGAUUUCUCGGCGUACCGUCAGCGCAUCGACGCGAUCAUGCGCCAACCGCAGCAGCAGCCGCCGCCGCCGGCGAAACGCCCGUUGGAACAGCCACAGAAGCCGGCCGCCAAAAAGCGCAAGCGUUAAUAAUCCUGGCCGUCAGCGGUGGAUGUGCCUUAUCGUUUUGUACACAGCGCUGAUAUUAAUUUUUUAGAGAAUAUGAUCUGUCGCUCGCCUGUUCUCUUCCAUGUGCAAAAUUAUUCCUGUUGUUUUUUUUUUAUAAUAAGUACUGUUGUUUGUUAUUUUUUUUUCAACGCGGAGAAUUUGUUGGGCGGUGAUGUCGUGCGGUGCACAAGUUUUACGUUGAUUUUUUGCAUCCUGAUUCCUGCAAAGUUAAUUUUGUGGAUUAAUUUCCGAUAUUUUUUUGUAUACUACUGACGCUGUUUUUUACUAGUUCUGCAUUUUUUUUGUGUAAAACA